AUGUCCUAUGGGGGCGUGGUGCGAGGAGGGCGUGGUCCGCGGGGGGGCGUGUUCUGCGGGGGCGUGUUCGGACAGGGCGGGGCGGGGCAGCGCUGGCUGCGGAGGGCGGAGGCACUCCCGUCGGGGCUGCGGCCGGACGCGCCCGGUGAUUGGCCGGCGGGGGAGCGCCGGCAGCGCCGGCCGGAAGUGGCGCGGCGGGGCGGGGGCAGCGGAGCCGCCGAGGUGCGGGGGGACAGCGGGGACACCGGGCACGGCAACACUGGGGACACCGGGCACGGCACGGGGGGAACACCGGGCACGGGGAACACCGGGGACACCGGGCACGGGGAGGGGACCUCGGGCACGGGAGAUACUGGGGACACCGGGCACGGGGAACACCAGGGACACCGGGCACAGGAGACACCGGGGACCCCGGGCACGGGGAGGGAGGGGACACCGGGCACGGCACGGGGGGAGCACCGGCCAUGGGAGACACCAGUGCACCGGGGAUGGCACGGGGGGAACACCGGGGACACCGGGCACGGCGAGGGAGGGGACACCGGCCCCGGGCGCUACCAGGGCACCCGGGCACGGCACGGGGGGAGCAGCGGGCAGGGCUCGGGAGGGCCGCGGGCCCUGGGCGGGUUCGCGUCCCCGCUCCGGGCCUGA